AUGCACAUCAGCGAGGUGAAGCGGUCGCCGUACCGGGGAUCAACCAUACGCCGGGCCAAUGUCGAACCCCAGUCCAUCACCGUCAUGGUUGCGCAUGCGAAGGGAGCAACAGAUUACUUAGGGCUUUAUUCGCAUGUUUGUCUUGUUUUGACAUACGAUGCAUCAUCGAGUUCGGGGACAAGCGAGUCGUGGGAGGAAUUGGUCGCGGGUUGUGAGAGGUUGCGAGGACGCAGGGAAGAUGCGGUGCUGGCACCUUACCCAUUUACGGCAGUGAUGAUUGUUGCGAUAGGAGGUGGGAGUGAUGGUCAUGCUAGAGGGGAAGGUGACGCUCCCAUGGUGUCGGCAGCCGAAGCCGAGGCGUUUGCGAACCAGCGGGGCGGUCUCUUCGUCCAUGUGUCGCCUAAAACGGGGCGUGGGGUGUGCGAUGCGAUCGGCGCAUUGGUUCAGCGGGCACAUGGCGCUCGUGGGGAAUAUCGCAUGGGUCAGGACGGGGAGCUGAAGAGGUAUCAGCGGGCGCAGAUGCUAAAGGCAAUGUUUUCACCUAGCUAG